AUGUCACAGCUGCGAAACAAGGCAAUUGGCUAUGUCAUUUUGCGUUGGGCGCUGAAACUUGCUCUCAUUCGGAGUGAUCGGCUUACGGCAUACUCCAACACCGUGGGGGAGUGGUGCACAACUGCCACUGAGGUUGUGCGAGGCAACUUCAAUGAUUCUUCUAGCUACUCUGUGCGCCAGCUUAAUCAAGCGUCACACCGCUGGCUGGUCGAGCAUGAGGAGCGUAAUGAAGAGCGAAUUGUGGACUUGCAAGCCAAGACGUGCACGUGCAACUACAGCAGGUACGCACAUACAAUGUGCACAAGUAUUGCCGUCACUAAUCUUCUAACGUUCAUCAACAUAGUGGAGUACGGGCUUCCCUGUGUCCACAUCUGUGCUGCUUCCGGAGAGGGUCGGCUGCCGUUUGACAUGGUUCACCGCGUCUACAAGGUGGAGACGCUGAAGGCAAUGCUGCGGGAUGAUUGUCAACGUGGACAGCAUCGAGGGGGGGUGGAGGGGAGAAGAGGAGAACAACAAAGGGGAGGGGAGCAUCAGAGAGAGGGGCAGCAGCAAAGAGAAGGGGAGCAGCAGAGAAGAGGGGAGGAGCACAGAGGAGGGGAGCAGGACAGAGGAGGGGAGCAGCACAGAGGAGGGGAGCAACAUAGAGGAGGGGAGCAGCACAGAGGAGGGGAGCAGCACAGAGGAGGGGAGCAGCACAGAGGAGGGGAGCAGCACAGAGGAGGGGAGCAGCAGAGGGGAAGGGAGGAACAAAUGGGAGGGGAGCACCAUAGGGUAAGGGGAGGGGAGGUGCAGAGUGGAGAGACCCAGCAGAGGAGAGGGGAGGGGCAGAGAGUAGGGGGCGAGCAGAGGGAAGGGGAGGUGCAGAGAGAAGGGGUACAGCGGAGGGGAGGGGAGGCUCAGAUAGGAGGGUGCCAGCAGAUGGAAGGGGAUGUGCUGACAAGAGGGGGGCAGCAAAGGGGCGGAGAGGUGCAGAGAGGGGGGGGAGAACAGAGGGGAGGGGAGUUCCAUAGUGGAGGGUGGGAACAGAGGGGGGGGCGGGUGCAGAGAGGAGGGGAGCAAGAACAGGGAAGGGAGGUGCAAACUGGAGGGGAGCAGCAGAGGGGACAGAGAGACGUUCCAGGCAUUGCUAGGGAACGUGAUUCAACCCCACCUGCUGAGUGGGUGGUUGAAAUCGAAGACAUUGAGGAAGGUCCGAGCGUGGAACGUGAUAAUUCCGAAGGGGAAAGUGAAGGAGGGGAAAUGGAAGAGCAAGACAUUCAGGUAACAGAUGGGCCCGAUGCAACGGCGAACGGUAGCGCACAUGUGACUGCGGAUCGUGCGGAGGUGGAAAACGGGGGCGGGGAAGAUGUGGAGGAGGGCACGUCGGACGACGAUUGUGAUUGUGAUGAACCAGAACUAGAUGAAGGUGAGCAGGAGCUGGAUGCUUCAGGUGGGUCGGGAGGUGUUGGGACGUAUGAGAUUCUAAGCAUGGGAGAUGCUCAGCGGCAAAUGGAGGGCCCGUAUGGUCAUCGUGAAGAUAUGGUUAGUGGGGACAUUCCUGGCAUGCUCACAUCUGGUGCCCAAAGACGCGGAGGGAUCAUCAUUGAACCUGAAACUGUUGAGAACCAAGCCACGGAAGGUGAUGUUCCAAGCAGUACAGUGGCAGCGACCAAUGUGACAACGACUUUGAAUGAAGGGCAAGGUGAACCACAAACGGAACAGGCACGUGCAGCAGCAGCAGCAGCAGCAGCAGCAGCAGCAGCAGCAGCAGCAGCAGCAUCAGCAGCAGCAGCAGCAGCAGCAGCAGCAGCAGCAGCAGCAGCAGCAGCAGCAGCAGCAGCAGCAGCAGCAGCAGCAGCAGCAGCAGCAGCAGCAGCAGCAGCAGCAGCAGCAGCAGCAGCAGCAGCAGCUGCAGCCUUGGCAUCAGCAACAACAGGUGCUGCAGCAGCAAAUGCUUCACCAACUGCACCACUUGCUGCAGCAGGGGCAGCAGCAGCAGCAGCAGCAGCAGCAGCAGCAGCAGCCGCAGCAGUCGCAGCAGCAGCAGCAGCAGCAGCAGCAGCAGCAGCAGCAGCAGCAGCAGCAGCCGCAGCCUUGGCAGCAGCUGCCUUGGCAGCAGCAGCAGCAGCAGCAGCAGCAGCAGCAGCAGCAGCAGCAGCAGCAGCAGCAGCAGCAGCAGCAGCAGCAGCCUUGGCAGCAGCUGCCUUGGCAGCAGCAGCAGCUGCCUUGGCAGCAGCAGCAGCAGCGCUAUCACCGCCAGCAAAGGCGAGAUGCACUGACAAGGAGACGUAUUGCAAACUCAACCAGCCGAUUCGUACAACAAGAGUAGUGAUUCAUGUGCGUGAGCUCACACCUCGUGGGUCCCUUGAUGGCCGUGCUGCUGCUCGUCCCCCCGCUGCUCCCAGUGCUGUUCCCACUCGUGUUCCCUCCGCUGCUCGUCCCGCCGCUGCUCUCAGUGCUGCCUCCACUCGCGCUCCCCCCGUUGCUCCCAGUGCUGUUUCCACUCGCGCUCCCUCCGCUGCUUGCCCCUCCGCUGCUCCCAGUGCUGCCUCCACUCGCGCUCCCUCCGCUGCUCGUCCCGCCGCUGCUCCCAGUGCUGUUUCCACUCGCGCCCCAUUCAGUGCUGUUUCCAUUCGCGCUCCCUCCGCUGCUCGUCCCGCCGCUGCUCCCAGUGCUGCCCCCACUCGCGCUCGCUCCGCUGCUCCCAGUGCUGCCCCCACUCGAACUCCCUCCGCUGCUCCCUGUGCUAUUUCCACUCGCUCCCCAUCCAGUGCUAUUUCCACUCGCGCUCCCUCCGUUGCUCGUCCCUCCGCUGCUCCCAGUGCUGCCACUCGCGCUACCCCCGCUGGGGGUGCUUGUGGUCCCACCAGCGGUGGUGGUGGUGACGCCACCGCCAGUGCUUAUAACGGAGCCAUCAGGGCCGUACGUGGUGCUGUUGCUAACAGUGGUGCUCUUGGUGGUGCUCGUUGUGAUCGUCGUCGUUACAGUCACAAUGCUGCCAGUCCCCUCUCGCAGCAUACGGCGCGUGCCGGCGGGUGA